AGAAAGUGGGUGCAUUGUGCAAUGUAGUGCCUGUGGUGCAGCGCUGGACACAGUCAUAAGCAGGGUAUGACUGCUGCACUUUGAGAUACGUUGUAACUCAACAUUUCUCAAUAACACCGACAGGAGAGGGGAAAAACCGACACAAGUACUUUCAGCAAGAGUUGUCGGGCAGUGGUUGAAGCAGAGGUCAUUGCAUCCUUUGGAGGAAAACUGGGUGUGUAAAUGAGUAUGGAAGAUUAUGACUACCUAUUUAAAAUUGUCUUGAUUGGAAAUGCUGGCGUAGGAAAGACUUGCUUAGUAAGAAGAUUUACUCAGGGUUUAUUUCCACCGGGUCAAGGAGCCACUAUUGGAGUUGACUUCAUGAUUAAAACUAUUGAUAUAAAUGGAGAAAAAGUGAAGCUCCAGAUCUGGGAUACUGCCGGUCAAGAACGGUUUCGAUCCAUCACACAAAGCUAUUACCGCAGUGCGAAUGCUUUAAUAUUGACCUAUGAUAUCACUUGUGAAGAAUCUUUUCGCUGUCUUCCUGAAUGGCUAAGGGAGAUUGAACAGUACGCUAGCAAUAAAGUAACCACUGUUUUAGUUGGCAACAAGAUUGAUUUAGCAGAGAAACGAGAAGUAUCCAGAGAAAGGGCUGAAGAAUUUUCAGAAUCUCAGAAUAUGCAUUACUUGGAAACAUCAGCGAAAGAAUCGGACAAUGUUGAAAAACUAUUUCUUGACCUUGCAUGUCAGUUGAUAGGAGAGGCAAAGCAGCACACGCUGGUCAAUAAUGUAGCAUCUCCUUUGCCUGGUGAAGGCAGAAGCAUCAGCUACUUGAACUGUUGCAAUUUUAAUUAAUUUGAUGUGAACAUUAGCCAUGAACUAGAGCUGAUGGUUUGCCGAGGUAAUCUGAUGGAGAAGAAGAUUCCUGCAAUUCUUACCUUAUUGACCAAAGGUUAAGGUGGUUCCUGAGCUUCAGCAUGGCAGGUUGAUAUUUAAAAUAAAACAUACAAAUGUAGAAAGCUUUUAUGCUCCAGAGUAUCUAAGUAAAAGUAACACUACAAUAUCUAGAAUAUUGAAAACAUUUAUCAUCACCAACUUUGCUGUGUUUUGAGGUAGCUUUGCCAAAUGCUUAUUUGAUGUACGGAAUUAGUCAUUUUGCUGCUGCUUAUUGAUGAAGGUAGUAUUAAUAGUUUACUAAAAAAGUUAACAAAAUGUAGAUUCUGUAUUUGAUUUGUUUAAACUAUUUUUGGUCUUGAUGAUCCCAUGCUUCAGAUAAUAUAUUGGUGCUAGAUGAGUUUUUAAUUGACAUUUGAGAAUAGAGGUGACUGGAAUUUAUGAAAUUUGUGCAUUUUCUUAUAAGCACUGCAUGUGAUCACCUAAGCCCCUUUUAAAAGGCCCCUUGUCGGAUAUUUUGCUGACUUCAGUUUCCCCACACUCAAUGCAUUUCAUCAAUUGUGUAGAAUUUAUGCAAAUGGCUCAAACACUUGGUUUUUUUUCCACUCAUUUUACAUCAGUUAUUGAUUGAACUACAUGGUUCAUUUUAUUGUACAGUGACCAUUUAGUUCUGAUUUCAGCUUAAGCUUUAGGUCUGCCUCUGUAAACCUUUGCUUCAAGACAUCAGGGAAGAUGUAGUCUGUGUUAUGAAGCAGAAUCCUAACUUGAUAAAGAAAACAUUUCAUUUAAUGAAUUAUUUUGAGUUUUCUAUACAUAGAAAUCUUCCCUAUAUUUGGUUAUUCUUUCUGAACUGUUCCACAUCCUUUCUGUAAAUAGUGAUUUAUCCUGAGAAACAUUCUCACUGAUAGAAUGUUCUCUUGCCCAAAGGGGAUUAUGAACUAUCAGUAUACUAUUUUUUUUUCAGGAUUUGUGAUGUGUGAUGACACCCUUAUUUCUCUGACAUUCAUAUAUCCACAAAGAUUAUCAGAAGCAAUCCUAGAGAGUGACCAAGAGAAGGAACAAAUAGUUUAUGUCUUACCCAAUGUUGGAGGUCACCUUCUUGAGGCUGAUUUAACUCAGUGCAGACUAAGCAUUAAAUCUGUACUUUUCCUUGUUUGUAUAAAUUGGAUAAGCCAUCGUAACCGCAUUUAUGUACUGGCCAUGGGGCUAAAUGUGAAUAUUAACACACUUCUAAUGUAUGGAAUGUAAUAUUUUGUGGGAAUUUGGUUAGAGGAAAGCACUGGACCACCAUAUUUUUUCCUGAGUGGAAAUUAUUUUGUAAUGUUAAUUACCUCAAGCAUUUUUAAAUGUAUUAACUGUCAAACAUUGAAAAUACAGGAAAAGCACCAGAAAUGAAUUACACCAUUGUGUUACUGACACCAGUUCAACCAAACGUCCUAAUGGAGUUAUGAAUUACAAUAACAUUACUGACAUAUGCUGAACCAUUGUUUAAAAUGUUACCAUGGAAACUCAUCUGUUAUGCUUGGCUUUUUAUAUCCUAGUCAAAGUAGGAUUCUAAAUGAUAGAAAUGCCUCAAAUAGUUCAAUUACAUUUUAUCAUGUUAGCAAGUUACCCAUUUAGUAAAGAGAUGGAC